AUGCCUGAUCUCAACACAGAUAUACCACGUCCACGUCGUCAAUCAAGUGUACAUUCACCACCCAUAUCUUCACCUAUACAUCCCGAGCACUUUGAAUCAAUGCUCCAAAAAUGGGAUCCGAAUCAAAACAAACUGGUCAUCAUAACCAAAGCAGGCGACAAAAAGCUCCUAAGAAUGACAAGAAGGUUGACUGAAUGGUUGAUUUGCACACCCCGAUUCGGCAAACAAGAUCCAUUUACAGUCUAUGUGGAUGCUCAUUUGGAGCAUGUAAAAUGCUUUCGAUACCAUGAAAUGGCUCAAGUCAACCCACUCAUCAAAAAGAAUCUCAAGUUUUGGACACCCACCUUGCUGCAUGAAAACCCCAGGAUGUUUCACUUGAUCCUUACGCUUGGUGGUGAUGGCACGGUGCUAUUUACAUCAUGGUUGUUCCAAUCCUACGUCCCACCGAUUCUUUCUUUUCAUUUGGGCUCGUUGAAUUUCCUUGCAACGUAUCCAUAUCAUGAUCACCGUGAGACGUUCAAGGAAGUCUUUGAACAAGGGUAUAGGACUACGGCACGUAUGCGUCUAAGCUGUACCAUCUACCGGCAUCAGCAAGAUAAUAGUGCAUGUGAACGAAGACGUCAAUCAGAAUCCAUUUUGCAAGCAUGCCAACUCGCUCAUAUAGAGACAACUUGGAUGAAAAAGCAGCUCAAAAUCGAAUCACGUAAUCUAAGUGAGCCUGAGCGUGAUGCAGUGAGCAAAGAGAUCCCGUGUUAUACUGCAGCUCCCUGUGCAACCUAUGAAGUCCUUAAUGAAAUUGUGGUGGACCGUGGUCCAAGCGCGUACAUGUCCGUGUUGGAAUUAUUUGGUGAUGAACGUCAUUUGACAACCGUACAAGCGGAUGGUAUUGUCAUUGCUACACCCACAGGCUCCACUGCUUACUCGCUUUCUGCUGGUGGUUCCUUGACCCAUCCCGAAGUACGUGCAACCUUGGUGACUCCCAUUUGCCCACACACUCUUAGCUUUAGACCCAUGCUUUUGCCAGAGACAAUGGUCAUUCGUGUUGUUGUACCUUUUGGUAGUGUACGAUCAGCCUAUUGCAGCUUUGAUGGCCGUAAUCGGGUUGAGUUGAAACCGGGUGACCACGUCAAAAUCACUGCAUCUCAAAACCCACUCACAACAGUUGCACGUACGGGUUCCACAUGCGACUGGUUUCAUUCACUUCAAUGCUCUUUACAAUGGAAUGUGCGUAUGCGGCAAAAAUCAUUUUUGGUGUUGGAAGAAGAUGACAAGCAAGCGCCGGCUGUGGCAUCAUCACCUACAAAAGAUGAGUUACCAGGGCAUGAAGAAGGCUUAUUUGGAUGCCUCCACAAUGGUAAGCAACAACAACAACAAUCCAAUAAUGGCAAUGGGGCCGAUUCAUCGUCAACAAGCACAACAGCCAACAACAGCGAAAGUACGACAGCAUACAAUAGUGAAGAUGAAGAUGAGGACGAUGAUUUGGUAGUGUUACCAGAAUGGUCCAUAGAAGAAUUACAACCCCCUAAUCCAUUUGCCAAAUGUGUAAAAGAAUGA